UACAUUACCUUGUGUGGGCUCUGAGUGCCGCUGUUGAUACGUCACUGAGUAUUUGUUCAGACCCUUAAUACAGCGGCCCUCCCCUUUGUAUUCACUCAGUGUUAUAAUACUUGGAGCGAAGCUUCUCUGUUCCGUCACGGAUUCAAGUGUAGAAUCUCUCCUGGAGUCUACUUGCUGAAAAUAUAUAAACGUGUUGAAUUUUUGGAUUACUAACAUCAGUUUGAAUUUAAAAAACAAUUACUGUGUCUGUAACACUGGAUUUAUGAUCGCCUCUGUGUGGAUAAUGGCUCACAGAGGCCGACGGCAAGCGCUGGUGUUGAUUCUUUGUCUCAUCGAGCUAAGCGCAGUGGCUGGUCAGGCUCGGUAUUCCAUCCCGGAGGAGCAGGCCGAAGGAUCGUUUGUCGGAAACAUUGCAAGAGAUUUAGGCUUGGAUGUUGCGAGGCUGAUUUCAGGUAAAGCUCGUAUUAUUACAAAAGGAGGCCGACAGUAUGUGGAUUUAAACAAAGACAAAGGGAUCCUUGUUAUUAAAGAGAGAAUCGACCGGGAGGAACUGUGUGGAAAGACGACGCCCUGUAGCUUCAGCUUCGAGGUUAUUUUAGAAAAUCCUAUGGAGCUGCACCGAGUAACAGUAGAGAUAACUGACAUAAACGACAACUCUCCGACAUUUAGGAAGGAAGAAAUGAAAUUUGAAAUUAGCGAGUCUGCGACACUGGGAUCGCGAUUUUUAUUGGCCAGCGCGGAGGACGCAGAUGUGGGCAGUAAUGGUCUACAAAAAUACAUAUUAAACACAAAUGACAUGUUUGGUCUGAAACAACACUCAAGUCCAGAUGGUCGAAAAUAUGCUGAGAUGGUUUUACAAAAACCGUUAGAUAGAGAAAGUGAGCCAAAAAUAUCACUGAAGCUCAUCGCUAUAGACGGUGGAACUCCGCAUAGAUCUGGUACUGUAAAUAUAGAUAUUACAGUGCUGGAUGUUAAUGAUAAUCCUCCAGUGUUUAACCAGUCUCUCUACAGGGCUGCCGUUUUGGAAAAUUCAUUAAGAGGUACCUACAUCACGACAGUGAAUGCAAGCGAUGCAGACAUCGGGUCGAACGGUCUUGUUACAUAUAGAUUUUCAAACAUGAAAGAACAGCUGGCUGACAUAUUUCAUUUAGAUGAAGCUAUGGGAACUAUAACACUCGCAGGGCACCUAGAUUAUGAAAAAGAAAAGAAACACGAAAUUAUGAUUGAAGCUACGGACCAAGGAGGUCUAACAGAUUCGAGCAAAGUUCUAAUUGAGAUUAUAGACGUCAAUGAUAACGCACCUGUUAUAAAUGUGAUGUCAUUCUCCAGUCCUGUGCCGGAAGAUUCUCCCUCUGGCACCACAGUCGCAAUAAUAAACGUAAUAGAUGCAGACUCAGAACAAAAUGGUCAAAUUAGCUGCGCAACAGACAGCGGUCUCCCGUUUAAAGUGAAAUCCACAAUAACUAAUUACUAUGCAUUAAUAACAGUGUCAGCUUUUGACAGGGAACUUGAACCUGAGUAUAACAUAACUGUAAGGGCGAGUGACUCAGGAACGCCAUCCUUGUCAAGCACAACAGUUUUACGACUGAGAAUUUCUGAUGUUAAUGACAAUGCGCCAUUAUUUGAUAAAAACAGCUACCUUGCUUACAUUACAGAAAACAAUUCCCCGGGAAUGUCCAUAUUUUCGGUCAGCGCACGAGACAGUGACUGGAAUCAAAACGCUAGAAUAUCAUAUUUUCUUGAAGAAACACAGAUCAGUGGCAAUCCAACCUCUUCUUAUGUGUCCAUUAAUGCCGAAACUGGAGCUAUUCACGCAGUUCGCUCAUUUGAUUAUGAACAACUUAAAGAGCUUAAGUUUUUAGUCAGAGCACAGGAUGGAGGCUCUCCUCCACUCAGCAGAACGAUGCAGCGGAUACAGAGUGCAAAGAGCAUCCUGGAUGAACCAGACUCUCCUCUAGAGUGUAUUCGCUUCUCUACUCGGUUUGGACUCUAA